GAUUUGUAAGAUAAAACGUUCCGAUUAAAUAUCGUGGCUGUAUAUAACGUUCAGUCGUUUAUUACUAAUUACAUUGCAAAAUUAAAAUCAAACAUGAGAGCUAUAUUAGCAGUUUUAUUUAUGGCUGUGGCCACGGCAAAUGGCGCUAAUAACCAGUGUCCACCUGAACAAGAAGAAGACUGGACAAUUGAACAGCUUCUCCGGCACGAAGACUGUGACAAAUUUUAUAAGUGUACUUUUGGGAAACCUGUAGUUAUGCAGUGCCCAGCAGAUUUGUACUUCAAUUUAGAAACUUGGCAAUGUGACUGGAAACAAAAUGUCGAUUGUACAGACAGGAACGUUCCUGAUGAAACUACAACGAGAAGGCCAAUAACAACUACUACAACAACAACGGCAAGACCUACGACUACUACAACUACUACUACUACUACUACUACAACAGCAAGACCUACGACUACUACAACAACAACAGCAAGACCUACGACUACUACAACAACAACAGCAAGACCUACGACUACUACAACAACGACUGCAAGACCUACGACUACUACAACAACAACAGCAAGACCUACGACUACUACUACAACGACGACGGCAAGACCAUCAUCAACAACUAACUCACCUUAUCCUGAUUUGAACGCGAAUGGAUGUCCAGUUGAUCCACACAUUCAUUGGCUACUUCCACAUGAGCAAAAUUGCAAUCAGUUUUAUUAUUGUGUUUGGGGAAAGAAAGUGCUAAGAAAUUGUCCUAGUACGCUGCACUUCAACAGGAGAAUUCAAGUUUGUGACUGGCCAAGCAACGCCGGCUGUACUACUUCUUUCAACAAACAUCUGGACAGUAGGAAAGAUUUGAUAGCCAGCUUCUAAAUUGAUUACCACGCAAAACGAAAAAAAAAGUCUCCAUUCGAUUCUGUGUUCUCUGUAUAAUAUUUAUUAACAAAAGUAUUAUUGUAUAUGAUAUGAUUUAUAAGAAUUAAAAAAUAUUUUGCAACUUCUA